AAUAAAAUGUAACUGGAUCCUAGUGUGUAAUACACGUGUGUAAUAGAUAAAGUAAAAGCUUACUUAUAAAUUGCUACUGAACUAAUCCUUCUUAUCUCAGUUAUCUAUCAAGUGUGGUGAAUAUGGGUCGCAAGGGACAAGGACACACACCCAAACAUGUUUUCAAAGCAAAUAAUCAACAGAAUCUCACGAAGGAAGAAAAGGAAUUACUUGACAAUAUAGAUAAGUUACUUAGGAUUAGUACAAUACCUCAACAACCAAAUAUCUUAAAGGCUAUAGAAAACAACAAAGAAAUUAGUUCAAUAACUGAUAGAAUAAAAGUUCUUGAAGUUCAUAAAGAUUCUAGUGUCUCUGUCGGUAAUCGAACUACUGCUGCCACCAUUGACUGCUUUACGAAAUGGGUAACUGAAAACGGCGCGGAAUUUAAUGGUUGUUCAAUAGUAGAAUUCAAAGGAUACGAAUUAGGUUUGAAAGUAAACACUGAUAUACCUCAGUCUUCGUUAGUUGUUGCUGUUCCCAGAAAGUUGAUGAUAUCCAUGGAAACAGCGAAUAAGAGCGAAUUAGGGCACCUCAUGGAGAAAGACCAAAUUUUGAAAAAUAUGCAUAACGUUACACUUGCAAUAUUUCUAUUACUGGAAAAAUUUAAAGAAGAUUCAUUUUGGAAACCUUAUAUUAAUAUUCUACCAAAAACUUAUACUACUGUCUUAUACUUUACCACUGAGGAAUUAGAAGAACUGAGGGGUAGUCCUACAUUAGAAAUUGCCCUGCGGCAGAUAAAAAGCAUUGCAAGGCAAUAUGCGUAUUUUCACAAGUUGUUUAAUAGUUCCGAGGAUGCUGUCAGUCGUCUAAUGCGAAACAAAUUUACGUUCAAGGAGUAUUGCUGGGCAGUAUCCACGGUGAUGACUAGACAGAACACUAUCCCGUCGCUGGACGGCGGGAAUAUGAUUAAUGCCCUCAUCCCUCUGUGGGACAUGUGUAACCACACAAACGGAACGAUUUCGACUGAUUACAAUCCUCAGUUAGACAGGAGCGAGUGCCUGGCCCUCAAGGAUUUCAAACCUGGAGAGCAAUUUUUCAUUUUUUACGGAGCCCGCACCAAUGCCGAUCUAUUUAUACAUAACGGCUUCGUUUAUGAAGACAAUGUACAUGAUGGGUACUGGAUACGCUUGGGUAUCAGCAGGUCUGACCCUUUGGAAGAAAAGAGAAAGGAACUCCUGAAGAGAUUAUCGAUCUCUCCAACAAGCGAGUUUUUCAUCAGAAAGGGAUCCGAACCCAUUGAUGGAGAACUGUUGGCGUUUUUGAGAAUUUUCAACAUGAAUCAAGAGCAACUCCAGCACUGGCUGGACAGCGACAGAAGCGGCGAUCUGCAGUACGCCGCCUGCGCCCUAGACACCUCGGUGGAGAAGAAGUCGUGGAACUUCCUGCUGGCCAGGCUGAAGCUGCUGCUGGGAAUCUACAGAACGACGCUGGAAGAAGACAUCGAGUUGCUGAAGGAAAGCCAGCUGACCGGCAACAAACGGCUGGCGGUAAGAAUGAGGGCAACCGAGAAAAAAAUCCUUAGAGACACCGCCGAGUAUGUGGAACAGUUCGUCAAGCAAUAAACGACUUUUACCCGAGAGAAAACCGAUAGAAUCUCGGAUGUCGUUAACUCAAUUUAUUUAUUAAUUCUGUUUGACGUGAUUUAGCUAAUUAUCCUGCUUGUAUUUAUUUCUUAGCGGUUACCAAGGAUCACAUUUAUCUUUGUUUUAAGGCGUUCUGCUGGAAAUAAAUUAAGUAUGUAUUUGAAGAUGUCGCAGUUUACCUGAUUAAUAUAACGAUUGCUAAAAUUCUAUUCUAUUUGUACAUGGCGAUUAGUUCCCUUCUAAAACCAAAAUGAUUUAAGUUAAUUUUAAACAAACAUUGAAAAUAGAACUCUCUGUAUGUACCUAUAGAGGACAGAUAGGAUAUCUUUUACUCAUACAGAAACGCACCAGCUUGAAAAAUUUUUGAAAAUUAAUAUAAAAAGGUAUACUUAUUCGAAAAUUAUUUUUUUUAAUUCUAACCAACUUGUAAAUAAUUUUUGUCAUUUGGAUUCCAGUUCUGGCAGAAAAUAGUUCCAGAAACUAUUAAAAUAGUAAGUAGUGGUAUUUUCAACACAUUUUCAUUUAAUUUGUAUCAUAAAUAAAGUGUUCAACCAUUGUGAAUUGUCCUGGAAUCUGGAACGCAAAGCAAAGUCUUCCUGUUAUUGCCACGUAUUUUUAAAGUCAUUAUGAGGUUGGUACUAGGUAUAAUUGAAUUGGUAGAAUGUCAUUUUUCAUUUACUUAAUGGAAAACAUUUUAGAUACCCACCAUUAGUAUAUAUGUAUCUACCUUAGAGCAUAUACUACUAGAGGCAGUGUCCCAGUGGCCGAGAGUGUAGCGGAGGUUGUAGAGAAAGAGGGGUAUAGGAGGGUAUAUUAUGCUAUCUCUCCCUAGCAGCACGCGAUUGGUUGCUGUCCUCUCCCCCUGUCAAUGGCAGAAGCAGCUGUUCACGAUAGAACCAAUCGUAUGCUGCUGGAAAGAGAUAGCAAAUACCCUCGUAUACCUCUCGCUCUUUCUCUACAACCUCCGCUACACUCUCGGCCACUGGGACGCUGCCUCAAGUAGUAUAUGCUGUAAGGUAUCUACGCUUCGAGUUGCUACUGUGAUACACAAAUCUGAUUUUGUUCAAAACGCGCCCACUCAUGACAAUUUAAACCAAACCAAACAAUUCUCUAAUAUUUAAAUAUUUGUUGACUGAACUUUUAUAUCGCAGUCUUUGACAGUAAACUGUCAAAUUGUUUUGCUAAUCCUAUGUAAAUAAACUGCGUAGGUGUUUGUUGAAAUAAAGUAAUUUG